AUGGCAAAUCACACUCAGAAGACCUUCACCCUUAACACCGGUGACAAGAUCCCCGCCAUUGGCCUUGGUACCUGGCAGUCCAAGCCCAACGAAGUCCGCACGGCGGUCAGAGAUGCGCUCCUAGCUGGCUACCGUCACAUCGACACUGCCCUGGCCUACGGCAACGAGGCUGAGGUUGGCGCUGGUAUUAGGGACUCUGGCAUCCCUCGCGACCAGAUCUGGAUCACUACCAAGCUGGACAACACAUGGCACCACCGUGUUCAAGAUGGCAUUAACUCCUCGCUGAAGGACCUGGGCGUCGACUACGUUGACCUUUACCUGGUCCACUGGCCCAGCUCGACCGACCCCAACGAUUUGAAGAAGCACCUUCCCGACUGGGACUUCAUCAAAACUUGGCAAGAAAUGCAGAAGCUCCCCGCCACCGGUAAGGUGCGCAACAUCGGUGUCUCCAACUUUGGCAUCCGCAACCUGGAGAAGCUCCUGAAUGAUCCUAGCACCAAGAUCGUGCCUGCCGUUAACCAGAUCGAGCUGCAUCCCAAUAACCCCUCUCCCAAGCUGGACCCUACCCUUCUCAAGAUUGCUGAAAACAAGGGCAAGACCCCUCAGCAGGUGCUACUCGUCUGGGGUAUUCAGAAGGGCUGGAGUGUCAUCCCUAAGUCUGUCAACAAGGCUCGCAUUGAGGGCAACUUCAACAUUGAUGGCUGGGAGCUGACUGAUGACGAAAUUCACCAACUGGACAACCUCAAGGACCGCUUCAAGGUCUGCGGUGAUUCCUGGUUGCCCGUGAAGGUCUUCUUCGGCGAUGACGAGUAG